AUGAAUCAACGAAGGAGUGAGUCAGGGCCCGGGAACCACAGACUCCAAGCCUACGUAGAGGCGGGGAAGGGGGAUUCCGGAGGGGCGGGGUCUCUCUCCGGAAGCGCCGGCUGGGGGCGGGGCGGGGCGGGGCCUCUGAGACCUCUCGGGUCCGGAGGGGCGGGGCGAGGAGGAGAACCUGCUUGGGCGGCCCGCCUGCCCAGAGUAACCGUUGGGUGGACCCGGCCAGCGCUCCGAACCUUGUCCUCGCUGCGCGCCGGCCGCUCGGAGCCCCACAGCCCGGGAAGGAGGCCGCCGCGGGCCGGGCGCCGGCUCUGCUAAGCGGACCGGCAACCCGGAAAGGCGGCGCGGCGGAGCCCGGAGCCGGAUCCUGCUCGGACUGGGCCCCUGCGGGCCGGCGCCGCGGGCAUGUCGGAGGCUCGGAAGGAGCCGGACGAGGCGGACGAGGGCCAGUACGACUCUGGCAUUGAGUCCCUGCGCUCUCUGCGCUCCCUACCCGAGCCCACCUCGGCUGCAGCCUCCGGGCCCUCGGACGGCGGCCCUCAGCCCUGCACCCAUCCUCCGGGGCCCGCCAAGGAACCUCAGGAGAGGGAAGACGCGGAUGGGGAGCGGGCUGACUCCACCUAUGGCUCCUCCUCGCUCACCGAGACCCUGUCCUUGCUGGGGGGCCCCGAGGCUGAGGACCCGGCCCCACGCUCGCCACUCCCCCACGCGGGGGCGCUGAGCCCUCAGCAGCUGGAAGCGCUCACUUACAUCUCCGAGGACGGAGACACGCUGGUUCACCUGGCAGUGAUUCACGAGGCCCCAGCGGUGCUGCUCUGUUGCCUGGCUUUGCUGCCUCAGGAGGUCCUGGACAUUCAAAACAACCUUUACCAGACAGCACUCCAUCUGGCUGUACAUCUGGACCAACCGGGUGCAGUUCGGGCACUGGUGCUGAAGGGGGCCAGCCGGGCACUACAGGACCGGCAUGGUGACACAGCCCUGCAUGUGGCCUGCCAGCGCCAGCACCUGGCCUGUGCCCGCUGCCUGCUGGAGGGGCGGCCAGAGCCAGGCAGAGGACCAUCUCACUCUCUGGACCUCCAGCUGCAAAACUGGCAAGGUCUGGCUUGUCUCCACAUCGCCACCCUGCAGAAGAACCAACCACUCAUGGAACUGCUGCUUCAAAAUGGAGCUGACAUUGAUGUGCAGGAGGGCACCAGUGGGAAGACAGCGCUGCACCUGGCUGUGGAAACCCAAGAGCGGGGCCUGGUACAGUUCCUGCUCCAGGCUGGUGCCCAGGUAGAUGCCCGCAUGCUGAAUGGGUGCACACCCCUGCACCUGGCAGCUGGCCGGGGCCUCAUGGGCAUCUCAUCCACUCUGUGCAAGGCGGGUGCUGACUCCCUGCUGCGGAACGUGGAGGAUGAGACACCCCAGGACCUGACUGAGGAAUCCCUUGUCCUUUUGCCUUUUGAUGACCUGAAGAUCUCAGGGAAACUGCUGCUGUGUACCGACUGAAGCCAGGCAGGGUCUGGGAUCCUCGGGGCUCAACCUCUUUCUAUCUGGAAGCUGGAGUCAUCAUUGCUGCAGUUUGGGCCCAGGCCGUGUGCUCUGCUGGUGCCCUAGGGACUGCUAUGGCCAGAGCCUGGGGCCAGCCAGUACAGUCCUGAGCUGAGAAGGAAGGACUGCAAGGGAGAGAGAGCCAGUCUGGAAGGAGGAGCUUUCCAGAUGGACAGGGAUUCUUGGAAGACCCCCAAAGCCCCAGGUAUCCUGGGUGAAGCCUGUUUGCCUCUCUUGAAAAUGGCAGGUGCUCUUGUUUCUACCCAUGUUGGGUCAGCCUGAAACUGUCAAUCAGUAGGAAACAUGAUGGACUCUCCUGAGUGAGAAGAGACGGAAAUAGGAGCAAGCUGAACUCUGAGGGGGCUCCUAUCUUACUGCUGUUGAGGACCCUGAAACACUUGUUUAAAGACUUCACAGAGAAGGCUCUGAACUGAGUGACUGGGGAAGGGAAGUUUCAGUAACAUGACACUAAAAUGGCAGAGAUGUUAAAAAAGUUUUUCCCUUCUA